AUGGCCAUCCUCGACUCAAUCCCCGGCCUCGAGGUCUGGGUCAACGUGGACGGAGAGCCAGCGACCGAGUACGACGAUCCCAACGACGAAGCGCAGGGCAUGGGCCUCUCCGAAUUCGAUGUCCUGCCCGACCAUGGGCCCGAGCCGCCUUAUAUCAUCAAGCGCGUAGCUUACACAUUGGCGGGCCGAUGCAGUCCAGAAAAGACAGCAGGGACAGACGAGCAUUUCGAACACGACAUUCGCCCUCAUAGCGGCAACGAUGGUAAUACCGGAGCCCACAUCACCGCUGAGAAAGCUGUGAAAAAGGGUAACGCCGUGGAUUGCAAGACAGCACGGCCCUUCGCUGUUUUUGAAUUUCGCUAUCGAUCGAGGGAGGAUCUCAUCAAGGAAGGGAUUAUCCCUGAUCCUUCGCCGGAGGGCGGGGUUGGGGAUACGAGGGGGGCUGAGGUGAACACGACCCGCCGCGCUUCAAUGCGUGUGUUGGAUGUCAAGAACAAGCUGACGAUUGAUAGUAGCGCUCUCUUGGUACAGUGA